CAUUAUUUGAAUAAUAUAAAAUUUAUAUAGUCAUAUUUUUUUAAAUAAUCCAAAGUCCUUGGAAAUGUCAUUCCGUGAAGAAAAUCCAGAUUUAACAAACCUAGAUCUGAGUACUGUUUGUCGAGCAUGUAUGUCUACUACAGGAGUUAUAAAAGAUAUGUUUGUUUGGGGCCUGGCUAUGGAUUAUUACAAAUUAACAAAUGUUUCUUUGCAACCAUCAGAUACAAUUUCUAAAUCUAUAUGUGUUGGAUGUGAAGAUAUGCUGACAAAGUGUAUACAAUUUAAGAGGCAAUGUGAAAAAUCGGAUUAUUUAUUAAAUGACAUAUCAAAGAAAAAGUUAACUUCAUUGACAGAAGAAGUAGUUCUGUUUCCUAAGGAUACUGGUGAUAAUGAAAUAAAAUUUAGAUUUGAUGAAAACAAAAUAACAUAUAUGAUAACAGCACCAAAUAUGGAAGAGAAGCUUAUGUACCCUUGUCCCUACUCUUGUAAUGAGACCUUUCUAAAACAAUCCCUCUUAUCUAUGCAUUUUGUUAAAUCACAUAAUAAAAAUCCUGAUUUUGCAGUUGAAAUACAGUUCUAUUGCUCACAUGCAGAUUGUGUUUACCAUAUAGAAAACAAAAAGUAUUUUUCCAAAAGAAAACAGUUGAAUCAACAUUACAGUAAAGUUCACAAAGACAAAAUUCUCUGUGGACAUUGUAAUCUCAAGUUUUCAAAGGAUAUAGACUAUAAACAUCAUUUGAAAUCCUGUAACUUCCUCCACUGGUGUCAGGUUUGUGAUAAGAAAUAUGUGACAGAUGAAAGGCUAAUGGUCCAUCUGAUGCGAAACCAUCCAGAAUUUCACAAAAGAUACAAGAGAGAAAAGGCAGAAAAGCGAAAGUCCGAAGCUCAGAGUUUGCAAAAGAAAGCGAAAAAAGCAGAGGAAGAAGAUUUGAUACUGAAACGCUCCUCCGCUACACAGACCCUUGAGAAAAUUAAAAACAAUGUCUUGUUGUCGUGGCAAUCUGAUAGUGAGGCGAAAACAGAUGAGAUCUCAACUCAGACAGUUUUUGAUGAGUCACUUAAGUCUCAAACUAGUGAAGACGAAUCUCUAUGUGGUUCGUUAACAUUAUCAGAAUUUGGCUUAACAAAAGUGAAAGAUAGAAAUGAAUCCUCUGACCUAAGUACUAAGAAAACUCAAACCUGUGAUUGUCUAUAUGAUUCUUCAAGCAGAGUACACGAAAAGGUCUCAAAUGAAUGUAUAUCAACUGAAACACAGACAUUGGAUUUAGAUGACUUUUCAAACUUUAAUUCAGCUGAAACACAAACGUCAUUUGAUGAAGAUAAUAUAUGUAAUUUUUUUAUUCCUGAGUAUAACACUGAAUGCAAGAAGCCUUCAUAAAACAAAAAAAAUGCAGAUCACAACUGGGCUUAUCACAUAGCUAUAUUUGUUUUAUUGACAAUUGGCUGAUGAUGAUGAUUAGAAGGAUAUAAUUGCGUGUUCACAUAACAUUAUGCUCCGUACUUAUGUUUGCCUAUAGUAAAACACGCAUUACCCCAUUGCAAUUGACUAUUGAUCUAGUUAUUAGGGUAGGAAAUUAAAUACUCCAAUAACGGCUGGAUUCACUAUAAUUUACUUCACUUGACUUUAUGUAAAAUGUAUAACUUCAGACUUAUAGUAGAAGGAAUUGCCCGUGCGCUUUUUUUUGUAAGGAAUCUCGCUGUUGGCCUAAAGGGCCUUUACCUGUGAGACUCGAACCUCGGCUUGGGCCGUCGCGGGGGGGUCAAUCGCCUAAAGAGCAGGACGGAAGCUUACUGGAGUGAGCGAAGUACGAAGUAAAGGUCCUAGCCUUCCCCGGCGAAAGCUGAUUUUUACCCUAGUCUGAUUCUUAAUUACUCCAGUCUGAUGUUUAUGCCCGUGCGCAUGUGUCAACCACUUUUAUAAUCUCAUCCCUACUCCGACUCGACCAUCCAACUUCGGGGAGAUGUUUGUGUCAAUUCGUAACAAUUCGUAAACAAACGAUCGAGUCAAAUGAGCGACUAUUACACAUUGUAACUUUUUCUAAGUAAUAACUUAGAAAAUAGUAAGGAGGCUCACUUGAUGUUAAGUGAUACCGCCGCCCAUCGACACUCUCACUGUCAGAGGGCUCGCGAGUGCGUUGCUGGUCUUUAUUUAACUUCAAGUCUUCGAUAGACAUCAAAUACCUAGAUCUCCCCUACUUUAUAAAAGUUUAUAGGAACAUUAUUCGAACUAUGUUACAUAUUCUUUCAGAUUGUUAUUAUUAGGUAUACACUAGUAGCAAAAUGCUGAUGUUAUUAUGAUUAAUAUUUACCAUCUAAUUUAUUAAAAGAAUUCAUUGAAUAGCUCAGGAAAACAUUCUCUGGGAUUUUAGUUUAGUGCAUGACCUCAAAGACGCUUGUUUUCAUUUUAUUUAAAUAUAUUAAUGUCUUGCACAUUAUAAUAUAAUUUUGUGUUUCUAUUAGAUUAUAAGAUUAGUUCCUCUUCGUCUGUCUUUAAAAAAGUGUUAGUAUAAGGAUUAUUCAGCGUUCAUCAGAUGUUCUUAAGAAUUCUGAACAUUUUGUCCUCAGUUAUACAAUAUCUUUAAUAA